CUUCCCUCUGGGGAGAGGAAGAGCCCAGGAGGCGCCGGCAUUGAGGCAGGGCUCAGCGGGAGGGACGGGCUCGGACUGACUGGCUGGCUGGCUGGCAUGGAGGCCGUCCUGCUGGAGCACUUCCCCGCCGGGCUGGACGCCUUCUCCUCGGAGCCCUACUUCGACGACGAGGACUUCUUCACGGACCACUCCUUGGACGGUGACGAGCUGCCGGGCUUCCCGGAGGCGCCCUUCCACGCCUGUUUCCGCGGGGCUUCCGAGGGCGCUUCCGAGGGCUCCUCGCCGCCGCUCCUGCCCGGCUUCGAGGGCUACUCUCCCGGCGGGGGCGGCCUGAAGGCGGCGUCGCGGCGUCGGAGGAGAGUGCGCUCCGAGGCGGAGCUGGCCCAGCUGCGCCAGGCGGCCAACGUGCGGGAGCGGCGGCGGAUGCAGUCGCUGAACGACGCCUUCGAGGGCCUGCGCGCCCACAUCCCCACGCUGCCCUACGAGAAGCGCCUCUCCAAGGUGGACACGCUGCGCCUCGCCAUCGGCUACAUCCACUUCCUCAGCGAGCUGCUCCACGCCGAGGCGCCCCUCCGAGGCAGCGGCGCCGGGUCCAGCCCCUGCCCGCCCAGGAAGGUCAUCAUCUGCCACCGAGGAACCAGAUCCCCUUCCCCAAGCGACCCCGACUAUGGACUUCCUCCCUUGGCUGGCCAUUCGCUCUCUUGGACUGACGAGAAGCAGCUCAAGGAACAAAACAUUAUCAGGACCGCCAAAGUGUGGACCCCCGAAGACCCCAGGAAGCUAAGCAACAAGCCUUCCCUGAACAACAUCGAGAACGAGCCACCCUUUGACUUCAUAUCAUGAAACCUGAAUGUCAUUGGACUGUAAAUAGCAAGACUUUCUACUCGUGUACAUUUGUAUUUAAAGACCUAUUUUCCAAGAUGGUACUUUUGAAUGAAAAAAGAAGAAGUAUUCUAAUGGCAAUCAACUUUUUUAUUUAUCUAUUUAUUGCUUAGCAAAGUUAGGGGAAAUAGAAUGGCCCUUUUGAAUGUAUAAUUUAUAUAAUUUAUCCUAAUUUAAGAAUAUGCAAUAACUUGAGAUUCUCCAGCAGCACCUCUUUGUUGGAAAAUGGAAACACUUCCCAGGAAAUGUGAACAUAAUUUAUUACCAGUUGUUGAAUGUACCAAUUAUAUUAUAUUAAUAAUAAACUUUGAUUAAAACCAA